AUGUUGUCGUCAACGGAAAACAAUAUGCCUCCACCGUUUAUGGAUAUAAACAAUAUGCAUGACAUACCUCCACCGGAAGUGGAUUUCUCAGCUCCACCUCCCUAUGAAGUUGCGGCAAAUUCAAAACUGCCGACUUACGAGGAAGUUGAGAGGGAGAAACAAAUGGAAGAACAGGGACCACAACUACCUCCUCCCAACCACGCGACUUUAGCUGCCUACGUGACGGUGGAGGCGACUGAGGGUGUCUCUGAACAAUUGGAUCCAGAGAAUGGAUUGCUUGGAACUGAUAUUAUGUUCCUGACUUCGUUCUUUGUGGCAUUCCUCUUCAAUUGGAUCGGUUUUCUGUUGCUGAUGUGUUUCUGCCAUACUGUAGCCAGUCGUUACGGUGCGUUGGCUGGUUUCGGUCUAUCUCUGGCCAAGUGGACUCUCAUCGUGAAACAUUCUACUGAACUAGCCUCUCACGAGAAUUCGUGGUUGUGGUGGCUGAUAAUGGCUUUUGGUAUCGUGAUCUGUGUACGCGCGGUCGUACAAUACCUUCACAUCAAACGCGGCUGGCGACUGCUCUCUGGGACGGCCCAAGAGCGACUGCUGUUCUUCUAUUGA